GCCAAUGAUAUAUAUUAACUAGAUAUCUAACUCGAGCCGCGGUUGUGAGGCAAAUUUGUUUAUUGGAAGCCAUCUUGAAUACUGGCAAAACACGCAAAAAAAAAUUUAUAAUAUUUUUUAAAAAUUUACUUUUAUUACUAAAGAAAUGAUUAUAUCGUGCUCUACUUAUGGUUGUGUGAACCGAUUUAAUAAAGGUGUUGCGAUAUCGUUUCAUAAAUUCCCUUUAAAUAAUAGCGAGCUAUGCCAAAAAUGGGUUGUGGCAACAAAACGUGAUUCAUUUGUUCCUACAAAAUAUAGUUAUAUAUGUAGUGUUCACUUUCAUAAAGAAGAUUACAAUUAUGAAAAUGCAAAUAAACCUCGUUUAAAAGCAAAUGUUGCACCAUCUAUCUUUAAUUUCCCGGCGAAAAUGCAUUCUAAAAAGCCCAUCAAAAGAAAAUAUGUUUCCAGGAAUGUGACUGAGACAUUCGAAACUAUUAAUGAAAAAAAGAUAUCUCUUUCGUUGCCAUGUUCCUCUAAGAAUCAUAUUUUAACUAGUGUAGAUUUUACUAUUGAAAAACCAAAUAAUAAAGUCAACUCUCCAUCUAAAGUCAAGCUUAAAAGAAAAAUUAAGACUCUUAAACAAAAGCUUAGAAGGAAAGAAUUGAAAAUAAAUACAAUGACAGAAAUUAUUAAAAAACUUAAGAAUGACAAGCUUAUAUCAGCUGAUACAGCUCAAUUUCUUGAUAAUAGCUUUUCUGGUCUUGAUUGUGAUUAAAUCUGAACUAGUCAAUAAAUGCAAAGAUCCUAGAGGUCCUAUAAGUUCUUUAUCGAAUUGGUCCUCAUAUAUUGAUUGUUCACCUGGAUUUUUUAAAGAUAUUUUUUCUUACUUACAACAAAAGGGAUUAGAUGUUACGUAUAAAGAUUGUGGAUUGAUCUUUGAUUCUAUGCAUAUAAAAUCAAGUCUUGUUUAUAAUCCAAGUAAUGGUAACUAUGAAGGUUUUUCAGAUUAUGGAAACAAUAUGUCUGCUUUUGAUCCAAAUAGUAUAGCUACUGAGGCUCUUGUCUUUAUGCUUGUUGGACUUCGAGGGCAUUGGAAAUGUCCUAUCGGUUAUGUUUUAUGUGAAAAGAUUUCAACAACAAACUUGGUUUGUCUUAUAACUAACGCAGUUAAUUUAUGUGUUCAACAUGGUAUAGAUGUUCACAGCGUAACUUGUGAGGGUGUUUUUUCUAAUUUUAGUGCCAUGAAAAGUCUUGGCUGUUCGUUUGAUAAAGCUAAAAAUAUGAAAACUUUUUUUAAUAUUGAGUCUUAUAAUAAAAGUAUUUAUUUUGUUCCUGAUCCUUGCCAUAUGCUAAAACUUGCACGAAACACGCUAUGUGAUCUUGGUGUAUUUAUUGAUAGUCAAAAAAGAUUUGUAAAGUGGGAGCACAUCACAAUUCUGCAAAAUUUGCAAGAAGACAUUGGACUAAAGUUUGCUAAUAAGUUAGGAAAUAGCCAUAUUAAUUUUCAUAGGCAUAAAAUGAAUGUAAAAAACACUAAGUAAUUCUGUAGCAGAUGCUAUUGAAUUUUUAAUGCUAUCUGGUCAUCCCUCUUUUCAUGAUGCUCAAGGAACAUUAGAUUUUAUAAGAACAACUAAUCAACUUUUUGAUUUACUUAAUUCAAGAAGUUCAUUUGGCAAAGGUUUGAAAAAACCCUUAUUUCUUAAUGACAAAAUCCAUUGGUUUAGUGUUAUUGAAAAAACAAUUAAAUAUCUGGCCAGCCUAACUGAUAAAGAUGGGACUAAAAUUCUUAAACAUAGAAGAAAAACGUUUGCUAUUGGUUUCAUUGUCGCUGCAACUAGUAUCCAAAAUAUGUCUAUAAAUUUACUAUCAAGAUCCGAAUGUUCAUUCAAAUAUGUGUUGACCUAUAAAGUGUCUCAAGAUCACUUAGAACUGUUGUUUGUUGUGGAGCUUCCAACUGAACGUGUGCGUGAGUGUCAGCGUAGUCAUUAGGUUAUUAUUAACAGUUAAUAUAUUGUUUACUGGUAAUAGUGUAUUUAAUUAAUACCUCCUCAAUCUAAUCCAUGUCCAGUUUUUUCAAAGUAUGUCAGAAAUAGCAGCAUCUUCUUAAGGUAGUUAACUUAUUUUUAAAACUAUAACUUUAAAGUAACAUCAACUACUUUAAGUUUACAAUUAUAAAAAUAACGUCCAGAUAAAGUAAUUAAAUUCAAUUUUAGAUAAAGUAAUUCAAAACAACAUUACUUCUUCUUUAACAUUAACUAUACUAUUAAGAUUAUUUUGUUUCAUUUUUAAUAAAUAAACAGGUCAGGUAGUAUAUAGUUUCUUGUAAAACCAAGUCAAAGCUUUAUCGCUUAUUUACGAUGUUUUGCCAGUAUUCAAUAUGGCUUCCGCCGAAAAAAAUUGCCUCAUACUAUAUCAAGGAAUUUUUACGGAGUUAGAUAUCUAUGUAUAUAUAUAUCAUUGGUUCACGCCUCUUUCCUUACCGCGAUGCAAAAAUAUGUCGAAGUCUUGUUUCGAACCUGGAUCUCCUGCUUAUAAAGCAAGCGCUGUUACCACAGCACCACGGCCGUAUUAGGACCUCCUCCACCUCAUUUAUUAGGUUGGGACUAAAAUUUCCACCCUUCUUUUAUUUCCACCUCUCCUUAUAUUAAUUAUGUAAGAUGAAAUUCUUUAUUUAGUAAAAUUUUAACAGUUUUUUACAAAAAAUUGUUAUGUACGUAGACAUUCCUAUACUAUAGACGUUGUACUUACAACAUUUUUAUCCGUAUUUUGCCCCAGAUUUAAGAAAUGAAUUAGUCAGACAGUGUUAAGAUAUAUUUGCUAUUCGAAUUUAAUAGUUCGUUAAAAGUCAGUGAAACCGAUUACUAAGAAUUAGGAAUUGAAAAUGAGUCAGAAGUUAAUAUCAAAAUUUUAAUUUA